CCCUAACAUAAAAGGUUUUGCAGACAUGUAUUUUAAUGAUCCGGUUACCAUUGUCCUCUCCGUUGUCACCUCUGUUUUUCUGGCAAUAUUUUUAUUCGGUCAGAAGAAAAAAGUUCAUCCAAAUUAUCCUCCUGGACCACCACGUUUUCCUCUUAUUGGAAAUAUGCACAUUAUCAAUGCGAAUAAACCCUACGUAACGUUUCACGAGCUUGCUGAGAAAUACGGCUCAGUGUACAGCCUACAGAUAGGAUCUCAGGAGAUGGUUGUGCUCUGCGGCUAUGAGACGGUAAAGGACGCUCUGGUCAAUUACACCGAGGAGUUUGCCGGUAGACCCCAUGUGCCAGUAUUUUUUGAUGUUGCCAAGGAACACGGUCUUAUAUUUUCUAAUGGUAAUAAUUGGAAAGCCAUGAGACGAUUCACUCUUUCCACACUGCGAGAUUUCGGAAUGGGGAAAAGAACAGUAGAAGAUAAGAUCACUGAAGAGUGCCAGAGUUUGAUAGAGGUUUUCAAAUCCUACAAAGGAAAACCAUUUGAAAACACCAUGAUUGUGAAUGCUGCUGUGGCCAAUAUCAUUGUGUCCAUAUUGCUUGGCCAUCGCUUUGACUAUGAUGAUCCAAAACUUCGGAGGCUUUUGUCAAUAAUCAAUGAUAAUAUCAGAAUUAUGGGUUCCCCAAUGGUUUUGUUGUACAAUGCUUUUCCAUCUCUGGUUCGGUGGCUUCCCGGGAGUCACAGAGAAGUAAUUCCAAACGUAGAAGAAAUACACACUUUUAUCAGAGAAACCUUCACCAACCAGAGGAAUCAGCUGGAUGUGAAUGAUCAGAAGAAUUUGAUUGAUGUCUUCCUUGUCAAACAAAAGGAGGAGAAGCCAAAUCCAGAGUUAUAUUUCAAUGACACAAAUCUAACAGUUCUGGUGACGGACUUGUUUGCGGCCGGAAUGGAGACAACCUCCACCACUCUCCGAUGGGGCCUCCUGCUGAUGAUGAAAUACCCAGAAAUACAAGAAAAAGUUCAGAAGGAAAUUGAAAAAGUCAUCGGUUCCGGAGAGCCUCGCCCGAUACACCGAAAAGACAUGCCAUAUACUGAUGCCGUCAUCCAUGAAAUCCAAAGGUUUGCCAAUAUCGUGCCAACCAACGUUCCACAUGCCACUACUCAAGAUGUGACUUUCAAAGAAUUCUUCAUACCCAAAGGAACUCAAGUGAUUCCAUUAUUGUAUUCUGUCCUACGAGACAAAGAACACUUUGUGAAGCCAGAAGAGUUUUAUCCUCAGCAUUUUCUGGACUCGGAGGGAAACCUUGUUAAUAAUGACGCUUUUAUACCAUUUUCUGUAGGUAAGAGAAGUUGUGCCGGAGAGACGUUGGCUAAAAUGGAACUGUUCCUCUUCUUUACAACACUGCUACAAAACUUCACCUUUCAGGCUCCACCUGGAGCAAAACUGGACCUCACAGGCGCUGUUGGCUUCACAACCCCUCCACUGAAGCAUGAGAUCUGUGCAAUUCCUCGCAACUAAAGUGAGCUGGCAGUAAAUAUAUUCAUAAUGGAUGUGGACUGAGUUUAAUC